CAGAAAAUAAAAAUCUGCCUAGCUGUUCUUUUGCUCUUUCACAUCAUCAAUCAAUCAGUCAAUCAUAAUGGCACCAGGAAUUGCAGAUGCUGUCAAAGAGGCCGUCACUGGCUCGCCCUCUGAGAACGCCAAAGUUUUGGCCAUGAAGGAUAACAUCAGGAACUACCAGGACUCGAACAACAGGAUCACUACCGAUUACGGUGUCAAGCAAACAAAUACUGACGACUGGCUCAAAGUUGCAACAGAGGACAAGACAGGUCCCAUGCUACUCGAAGACCAUUCUUCUCGUGAGAAAAUCCACCGUUUCGACCACGAACGAAUUCCUGAGAGAGUGGUACAUGCACGUGGAGCUGGUGCUUUUGGAACGUUCAAGCUUUACGAGGAUGCAUCAGAUGUUACCUCUGCUGGCGUCCUGACAGAUACUUCACGCACCACUCCCGUUUUCGUUCGCUUCUCCACCGUCUUGGGAAGUAGAGGCAGUGCAGACACUGUCAGAGACGUUCGUGGCUUCGCAGUAAAGUUCUACACAGAAGAGGGUAACUGGGACAUCGUUGGAAACGAUAUUCCGGUCUUCUUCAUCCAGGACGCUCUCAAGUUCCCAGAUGUGAUUCACUCUGGCAAACCCGAGCCUCACAACGAGAUCCCGCAGGCGCAAAGCUCGCAUUCAAAUUUCUGGGACUUCCAAUACCUCCACUCAGAAGCGACCCAUAUGUUCCUCUGGGCCAUGUCAGACAGAGGUAUCCCCCGCUCGUACCGAAUGAUGCAAGGCUUCGGUGUGAACACAUACACUCUGGUCAACGACAAAGGCGAGCGCCAUCUUGUCAAAUUCCACUUCACGCCUCAUCUCGGUGUGCACAGCUUUGUAUGGGACGAGGCUCUGAAAUUGGCCGGCCAGGAUCCUGACUUCCAUCGCAAAGAUCUCUGGACCGCGAUUGAGGGAGGACAGUACCCCAAGUGGAAAUUUGGUAUCCAGACCAUCCCCGAGGACCAAGCUGACAACUUCGAAUUCGACCCUCUGGAUGCUACCAAGAUCUGGCCCGAAGAAGAAUUCCCAGUGAGAUACCUUGGCGAACUCGAGCUCAACCGUAACGUAGACGAGUACUUCACUCAGACAGAGCAAGUGGCCUUCUGCACUGGUCAUGUUGUUCCUGGUAUUGGAUUCUCUGAUGAUCCUCUGCUGCAAGGUCGCAACUUCUCUUACUCUGAUACUCAACUCAGUCGCCUAGGCACCAACUGGCAGGAGCUACCUAUCAACAAGCCAGUAUGCCCUGUUAUGAAUCAGAACAGAGAUGGCAAACAUCGCACCACAAUCACCAAGGGAACGGUCAACUACUGGCCAAACCGGUUCGAGGCCACCAAGCCCGCUACUGCCCAGGAGGGUGGCUAUGUUGACUAUCCCCAGAAGGUUUCCGGCAUGAAGACUCGCCUCCGCAGCAAGAAGUUCCGUGAACACUACAACCAAGCACAGCUUUUCUACAACUCAAUGUCCGAACAUGAGAAGAUGCACAUCAUGAACGCACUCUCUUUCGAGCUGGACCACUGCGAUGAUCCAAUCGUAUACAAGCGCAUGGUCGAGAGAAUCGCCGAUAUCGAUCUGGAUCUGGCCAAGGGCGUUGCCGAGAUGGUCGGAGCCGAUAUCCCUGAGGUAGCUGGCCGUCCUAAUCACGGCAAGAAGUCGAAGGGCUUGAGUCAAGAAGACUUUCCUCCAGAGAAUCUGACCAUCGCAACUAGAAUGGUGGCAAUCCUGAUAGCCGAUGGCUACGACGCUGUUGCUUACAACGCCAUUAAAGCGGCCCUGGCGGCUCAAGGUGCCCUUCCUUUCACCAUUGCUCCCCGUCGUACUCCGAUCUACGCUGCUGGCGAAAGUAAGGACUCUGGCAAGGGUGUGGCCCCCGACCACAACCUCGAGGGUCAGCGUUCAACAAUGUACGAUGCCAUUUUCAUUCCCGGUGGAGCUGACAGCAUUGCCACUCUCCGCAAGAACGGGCGUGCCUUGCACUACGUCCGUGAGGCCUUUGGCCACCUCAAAGCUAUUGGCGCUACCGGCGAGGCUGUUAAGUUCGUACAGGACGCUUGUUCUCUUCCCGGUGUCGAAUUCUCAGAGAGCAACAAUGUCGUCGAUUCUUACGGCGUUGUCACUGCUGCUCAGACCGAGGCCAGCACUUUCAAGGACGCUAUCGAUCUUGUAAAGAACGCCAAAGAUUUCUCCAGUGCCUUCUCCUACGCCAUCUCUCAGCACAAGAACUACCAGCGCGAGCUUGAUGGUCUGUCUAGCAUGGUGGCAUACUAAGUGAAGUUGCCUCAGGUUGGGCAUCUUAUUAGUAAUGAGAGGCGUCUAAUAUGCUACACGUGUGUCAUGGAUACCAUUUUAUUAAUAUAGUCUGUUUGGAAAUACCAAAUCGGAUGAUUCACUGUGCGCUAUCCCAUUUUCGGAAUCAAAACUUG